AUGCCAACUCACGCAAAUCAUUAUAUCACCAAAGAUUUUGAUAAAUUUCAUGUCGAAAGUUUAGUUCUCCGCGUUCAAGAAUCCCACCGGGAUCAAGUAUUAUUCCGAGCAUCCGAAGAUUGGGAGAAACAACUUUCCAGUGAUAUCACCAAUGAUUUAGUCACAAAUUUAAAAGUUCAUCAUGAUCAAUUAGUAGAUACCGGUGAUAAAAUUGCCCAAUUGAUUUCCAGAGUUGCAACUGGUACCUGGUCACCUGGUAUUCUUCCGCAAAAUGUCAUAAAGGAUUUGAGUAUCAAUUUCCCAAUUUACAUCUCCGAUUUCUAUGAUCAAUUGGCUGACUGGUCAAGAGAAAAUGCUUUUGAUCAAGGCAAAGAGAUAAAAAGAAUCGGAAGUGAUGUCAGCUCUUUGGCUCAAUCAAAACGACCUUACGACCCUGCUUUAAGUAAUUUCGAACCCGAACUAACUGGAAAAUUUGCAAAUACUUCUUGGGUUCUGAAUCAAAAUAAACUCAAUUUCGGAAUCAAUACGUCAGCCAACAGCCCUCAAUUCAUUGUAGCCGGAAAUGUCUCUGCAGCACCAACUAGUUCAGUCUAUCGUUAUUUCGGAUUCAUCGAUCAAAAUAAACGUGCUCUAACAAUGAAAGCCGAUGGCUCAGUCGUCAAAGAUCUUUACGAUCUUAAAAACCAUGGUAAAUAUUAUUCAUUGUACAAUAAAAAAUAUAAAGUUCGCCUUGGAGUUUAUGAUGGAAAUGAAAUUCGUUCUGGUAAAAUUGCACAAAAUAGUUGGGAUCAUUCAGCUGUAUUGCUUGUCGAGGAUCCAUUGACUUAUAAUUAUUCUAUUGUUACUUUACCAUUAGUCGCAUGGAAGAAUUCAUCAGGUCAAUUUUUAACACUCACCAACGAUCAACAUGGUGAUUUAUCAUUUACAAAUGGAGAAACAACUCAUGAAGGAGUUGCUCCUAAAUCCGAACAAUUGUUUAUGUUUGUUCCUCAUCCUGCACAAUAUUUAGCAUCAAGAUUACCUCAAACAGCAUUAGUCUCAGCAGCUCCACCAGCUGGUAAAGGUUCAAGAAUAAAUAUAUGGAAAGCCGAUCCUUUCGUUAAAUCAAUCGGUAUCAGAUCGCUUUACUUUCCUGGAUCUGAUAUCACCACCGGCCCAACCGACUCACUGCUCAUCACCAGUUCAACUUCUGGACCAAUUGCUCCUGAUGCAAAUGGUGAUUUCCUACUGAAUUUUAUUGAAGACAACUCUCAAACUCCACCACCAUCAGCCAAACAAGUCAAAUUUGAUGUUAUGCACACUUUCGCUGUUGUCAAAUACACUUUUGGUUUAUUCACAGGCGAUCUCGAGUAUCUUGAUGGCAAACCACCAACGCUUCAUAGACCAUGGGGAAACAAAAAAUUAGUAAUACAUCCACACUCUGGAGUCGAUUCCAAUCCCAUUCCAUCCAGGGAGGAGGGAGUAUUGAGAUUUCUUUAUGAACCAAGACCAGGACAAACUCCAAUAUAUCUUUGUCGAUCACUUGAUAUUGUAGCUCAUGAGACAGGUCACCUUUUCCUUGAUACAAUACAACAAGGCUGGUUGUCUGAUGGUCAGACCGGAGCUCUUCAUGAAGCGUUUGGUGAUUUGUGUUCAAUGUUUGUCACUCUUUCGAUGCCAGAUUUGGUAGAUAAUCUGAUCACUUUUACAAAAUCAAAUCUUAGAGACACUGAUAAUUUCUUGUCAGCUAUUGGUGAAGAAUUUGGCGAUUACUUGUACAAGAAUAAGGGUAAAGGUUUAAGAAACUUAAUAAAUGAUGUAAAAGGUUCGACAGUUGGGAGUGAAGUAUUCAGUGGAUUUAUCUAUGAUGUACUUGUUGAUGUGUUUAACUUGGAAAGAAAUCCAGCUAUUAGAAGUGAUGCUCUGACUUUACUUCAAGUAGGAGAAACAUUAAGAAGAGCAUUCUUGAUAGCACUCAGAGUAUCAUCUAGUCAAGCAACCAAUCAAAAAUACCAAGAAGUUGCUGUCAAUUUACAAACUGCACUUGCUACAAUUGGUAGAAGAAUAAAUGCUGAUUUGAGUGGUUGGAUAGCAUCGGUUAAAAGAAAUGCAAUCGCACGUGAAUUGACCCUUGCUG